AUGUCAUCAUCGUCAUCGCUGCCCUUAUCACGUUCGAGAACGAACUGGGCCGUCGCCCUGCCUGACGAGAUAUUGCUCGAAAUACUGUGUCACGCCUUUACAUUGCCGAAGGGUCUCGACGCCGUCCGAUGGCCCGUCAUCAAGAGGAGGCUCGUCGACCCACCCCUUCUAGUCGAGGGCAUUCGGCACCUGGUUCCGGAAGCACUCUACAAGAGCAACUCAGUUACCAUACGAUUUGCAACAGCCGAGAGAUCCGGAGCGCUCGUCAAGGACGGAGAUGCCUGCCGAAUCGAGUACCCAAGGCCGGCUUUCCAUCACUGGGUGCGCAAACUGGAGAUACAUUUCAACCUGACUAAUCACUCGUAUGUACCGAAGCCCGGUCAUCCUUGGCCAUCUCCACGCGAUUUUCAGGUACGUUGGAUGAAAAGACUUGCCUCCGGAGCUGUUGGGUUCGAAGGCCUGCGCUCGUUGACGCUCGUGUUUAACGAUGUCUAUGAAAAGAAAAGGCCUGAUUUAUGGGGCGACCUCGAGAGCUUAUACCAGAAAUUUCAGAAAGCAGGCCCUAUUGCCUUGGGCGUGGAUACGGUUGAGAUUACUGUUGAGCGCCAUUCGUGCAAACGCGAAGUUUGCUCCAUGGAUGGACGACUCCAGCAAGAUUGGAGGACUCCGUGCUACUGGGUUGCGGUGCUGGAACAGUACUUCAUCCAUGGAGCAGUGGUCCAUACUCCGUAUUAA